AUGCCUGGGCCCGGCAACCAACGAUCGAAGAAAUCUAAAAGCAAAGCUAAACCGUCAACAGCUCCAGCCAGCCCCACUCCCGAUGCCUACCUCGGUGACAUUGAUAACGCUGUAGGAUGGAAUAUUAUUGUAAAUAUUCUAUGUGAAGGCUUUGAGCUGCCUGAUUUAACGACACGUAGCGGUCUGAAGAAAGUUCACGCAAAUUUUGACAGUAUAUAUCGACCUAUUGACAAAGUAUACGUUAAGCAUGAGAGCAACGACAAGAUUACAGGGGGGUCAUUGGGAUCUACGGCAAGUUCCUUUCUGAAGCGACUUUUACCCUUGCUGCAUAUACAAGAUACACGGCACGUCGCUCUGCGCGCUCUUUCCUUGGUCACAUAUCACGGAGGAGAGGAAAUCAGGUUCGAAAUUACUCGCCACUCCAACGAACUCGCAAAAUCUCUUUCUGAAUUUCCCGAUGAUGCUGCAGGCUCGGAGCUCAUUGUUUCGGUACUCGCUCAUUCUAUUCCUACCGUCGUCAUGUUUGACACCAUUUCACCCAAACCCGACAUCUUUCGCUCUCUUGAUAUGAACACCGUUAUCAAGAAGGUUACGGAAAGCAUGAAGAGACCUAAUGCCUCAACAUAUCUUAUCAACCAUGCCUCCGAGUUCUUAAGCCUAUCAACCCUCAACUGCUGCGCUGCCUUCAAACACAUUCCUUCUGCCAUGACCUUCCUAAUUGUCGGCCUCAGGAGCGCUGAUUGGGCAUUCCGAUGUUCUUGCCUGGGCGGCGUUAUCCGAUUUCAUCGACACGAAUCCGAAGAGGAUACCCGAGCGAUGAACCCCAUGAAGUUCAUGGCAUCCAUUACCACCCAUGAUUUUCAAGCCGCAAUGAUGAAAUGCGCUCAGGAUCACGACUUGUACCUGCUUGGACUGUCUAUCGUACCCAUCAUCAUUCGCACGGAAUAUUCGAUUGCGGAGGGAAUGUUCCAAAGCGAAAAUCCUGUUACCGGCCAACGGGAGACCGUGGACGCAGGAUUGCCUUUCAAGAUGUGGGGGGACUGUCUUCCACAUUGUACCAAGGCCAUCCGAGCAAAGGGAAACCCAUCUGAAGCUGAUAUUGCGGAUAUCCUUGAUGUCAAGUAUUUUAUCAAGAUGGCACAUCUCCCGGCGGCCGUAAAUCUAGCUCGGGAAUCCCUCAAGCGCAACUCUCACUGCGCUUACUUUUAUUACGCCAUCAUACUCGUUGCAGACCCUGUUCGAGGUCUUCGGGCUGCUAAGAAGGGGCUUGAGUGUAAACAGAUCACCCCUUUUAUUCGCUUUCAGUUGUUCCAGCGUGCAGUCUCGCAUGCAGCAGAACUGGGACUGCAGAAACUUCAGGAGGCAAGUAGGUUUGACGAGGUGCCUUGGCGUGAGGGCGUUGCGUUCUUAAUGAGUGCGCUUGAGGACUCCAAGACGUAUGUCGGGCAGGUGCCUCCUGAUAAUCGCCACAUGAAGUCUGUUCUGUACUGGAAUAUCCUUUUGACAACGCGAAAGCAGCUCGAGAUCGCAGAUGAGAUCAGCACCUUUAUUGGAUCUCCUCCCCCAAAGGCGAACGAAUGUUUGGCACAAGAAACUGUCUUGAAAUUAUACACCAACGCUGCUCAAGAGUGGGAGAGCACCAUAUCGAAUAACGACACUGAAUGGGAAGAUAUUGUCACAUCGGAGGGAGUAGAUGAUGACCUUCAUGCGUGGUUGGAGGAGCUGCAUCUCGAUAACCCCGCGAUAAAGGCGAACCCAUCAUGUCUGCACCCGAAAAUUACUUCGAAUCAUGUCGCACUAUACCGGUGCUCGUGGUGUGGUACUCCAAGCGCAGUUCUUAGAAAAUGUUCUAGAUGUGGACAAACGAGAUACUGCGACACUGGAUGUCAAAAAUCCCACUGGACGGAUCAUAAACGACAAUGCGCUCAACCUUCAGAUAUCGAUUAG